AUGCUAGGCACCUCAGUCCUCCUCCUCGCCCUAGCUGCGACAGGUCUGGCCCAAGCCCCCGAGGGCUACCGCACCGUGUACAUCACGUCGAACGUGGACCCGAAGUUUGUGAUUGUGGCUAAGGAGGCGACGGCUGGGACCACGACUAUUGUCAAGACGCGCGCGGAUACCCCUGAGCAGCAGUGGUGGCUGACGGACGGGGCGACUAAGAUCCAGGCGGCGAACACUACGUUGUGUUUGGAUGGUGGUGAGCAGGCCAACUGGGUCGACAUGGGCAAGAUCUACGUCAACGAGUGCGCCGACGACGCCGAGUCGCAGAACUGGUUUGUCAUGGAGGACGGCCGGAUUGCGCUGGACGCUGGGGGGCAGAAGGAGUGUGUCGACCUGGUGUACAUGCGCGCAGUGGAGAAUAAUGAUGUCGGGCUGUACAGCUGCGCGGGGCUGGGUAAUACGGGAGCGGCGGAUAAGGGGAUUAACUGGCCGUUGGUGGAUGUGACGGUUUAG